UGGAUGGGGGAGAAGAGGGCAGGUUAAGCGUUUUUUUUUUUCCGCUGAUGUGAGCGAGGAUGAGGCGUAUAAAUUUAGAGCUUUCAUCUUCACUUUAGUUCUUGCCUACCUGCUCCAACACAACACAACAGCAUCUCAACACAACAGUGAGUCCAUCAUGGAAGCCGCCAUAUGCACCCUCGUCACCCAGUUCAAGUCGUACGCUGGGAAAGAUGGAUCCUCCAGCACCCUGAGCAAAGAUGAGUUCCAAAACCUGGUGAUCGCUCAGCUGCCCAACCAUGUCAAGAAUGCCAGCGACCCCCAGGCCAUCGAGCAGCUCAUGGGCUCGCUGGACGAGAACAACGACGGGGAGCUGACGUUCUCAGAGUUCUGGCAGCUGAUUGGAAAGCUGGCGAGCAAACAGGGCGGCUUCACUCAAUAAAAAAAUGUGUCUUUGAGCCGGAUUGUGCAACAUCAACCAAUCGACUCAGUUUGAUCCCUUCAACAUUGUUUUAUCACUUCACCAGAGCCACAUGUGUAACUCUUUAGUUAACCAUUUCUUGAAUGCAGUGAACUUUGAAUUAAAGGUCGUCAUUGUCCGUAAACCUCA